AUGGCGAUCCUGGACGGCGACCCUGGAGUGGGCGUACGGCGCCCCACGGAUGCGCUGCUGCGGGAGAAUCCACUCUUCAGGCAGCUCUGGGCAUGCGUCGUCAAUGCACUCCAGUCGCCAGGUGGCUACAGCGCAAACGCGGUCGGACUGAUGGCGGUCGCGACGGCGCCUGCCGCGUGUCUCCCUGGAGGAAGCCUGGCCGCAUCUCUGUUCCUGUGUGAACCAAAAGGCGCCUUGCGUGCGAUUUUUGUGCGUUUCGGCCUGUCGGCGAUGGACCAUGCGAGCGAGGAUUGGAGAUGCCGCCCUGCGCGCUGUGGGCCGUCUGGUGUUCUUUCAUUGUGGAUGUGCGCCGGAUCCACUGUCCUCCAAGGACGUUGCAAGCAACGUGAUGGUCGAGAACUUCCACUGGGUGGUCUCAGACACAAGGAAAGUCGCACCCUUUCCCUGAUGACGUGGGAUGAAGGUUAG